CCCCCCCCCCGGGGCCGGCCAGGGUUCCUGGGCCAAGCCGGGCGUGCCGGCGAGUUCCCCCCCCCACCCCGGACACCCCUCGGUGCCCCCCCCCGGGGCGAGCCGCCCUCCCGCCUGGUGUCCCUCGGGCCUGCUCCCCUCACAGGGCCGCGGGCCUCGGCGGGGGGGGGGGGCAGCGCCCCCGGGUGCUGCCUGCGGGCCCAGGAUGGACUUUCUGACUCUCUUCUUGAUGUAUUUGUGUUUUGUUCUCGCUACUAUUAUCCUGGUCUGCAGCUACUCUGGAAGGAAAGAGAGUUUCCUUGCACGAAGUGUCAAUGGUGCGGCCCAGAUAUUAUCAUUUGUAAUCCCCACACGGCUUCAAAGAAUGACACAGAAGGUGCUUCACAGGCUCCUCCACACACGAAGCUGUUUGUUUGUUGUCCUGCAUAUAGCCUUGCAAGCAGCAGUUUAUGGUGAAUACACAUGGGAAGUGUUUGGUUACUGCUGGGAGCUGGAGUUCCCCGUCCAUCUCCUGCUGCUGCCCUACCUGCUGCUGGCUGUGAAUAUGGGGUUCUUCACUCUCUGCUCUCGGGCCGAUCCUGGUAUAAUAACAAAAUCAAAUCACACAUCAUUGAUUAAGAUUUAUGCAUAUGAUGCUGUAUUAUUUCAGAAAGGUAUCGUGUGCCCUACAUGCAACAUGGAGAAACCAGCCAGAUCAAAACAUUGCAGUAAGAAUCUGAAUUUCAUGGACAAGCAUAAUAGUUUAUGUAAUAUCUGUGUACAUCGUUUUGAUCACCACUGUGUGUGGGUCAACAACUGCAUAGGUGCCUUCAAUACAAAGUAUUUCUUCCUUUACCUGUUUACAUUAACUGCUAUGGCUGCCAACAUUGCAAUCAUCACAGCAGCAUUUCUCAUCCAAGUGGUACUGCUGUCAAAUAUGAUGUAUGGAAGUUACAUUGAUGACCAAGGACAAGAACAAGCUAUUGAGAUCCUCUUUCUCAUUCAGCACCUUUUCUUGACUUUUCCUAGGAUUGUCUUCAUGCUUGGUUUUGUUAUUCUUCUCACUCUUGUACUGGGAGCGUACUGCUGUUUCAAUCUAUACUUGGCCUUAACCAACCAAACAUCCAAUGAAUGGUAUAAAUCGAGAAGAUAUGGGUAUUCUCACCACCUAGCACUGCAGUCUCAGGACAGACGAGUUAUCUACAAAAAUAUUUAUUCUAAUGGAAUCUGGAUGAAUUUAAAGGAAAUCUUUAAGCUGCCUACAGUAUUGGAAAGAAAGAAGAAAACAUGAAGAUAUUACUCCUUAAAUAUGCUUUUUUUUUUUUUUUUUUUUUUUACUUUUUUCUAAAAGACUAUUUCAGCAGUGUGCUUUAUGGUCCCAAAGGAUUUUUUAAAAAAGAUUAUUGUAUUUCAAUUAAGUAUUAAAAAUAAUUGGAAAAUACAUUUUGGUAAAGCUGA